GGCCUUUCCUCUUAACUACGGCGGCCGGGGGAGCUCAGGUGCCUGUGGCUGCGGCGCCGAGGUCGGAGCGUCUGCGUGUGGACGGGCUGCUUUUGGGGCGGCUGCUGCUAGAGCUGGAGCCUUUCCCGGUCAGUACAAAAGAUUUAACUUUACAGAAGAAUGCAAUCAAGUAAUGGCUUUUUCCUUAGAAUUUGAAUAUGGAGGCCACAGGAACAGAUGAAGUUGACAAGCUAAAAACUAAAUUUAUAUCUGCUUGGAACAACAUGAAAUAUAGUUGGGUGUUGAAAACAAAAACAUAUUUUAGUAGAAAUUCCCCUGUAUUAUUGCUUGGAAAAUGUUACCAUUUUAAAUUUGAAGAUUUUGUUUAUUUAUUCAUGAGAGACACAGAGAGAGAGAGAGAGGCAGAGACACAGACAGAGAGCGAAGCAGGCUCCAUGCAGGAGCCUGGACUCAGCCAUGUGGGACUCAAUCCCAGGUCUCCUGGAUCACACUCUGGGCCGAAGGCAGAUGCUCAACUGCUGAGCCAACCAGAUGAAAAUAAACUGUUACCUGCAAGAUCAGGAUGUACAAUAGAAGAUCAUGUAAUUGCGGGAAAUGUAGAAGAAUUUCGUAAAGAUUUUAUUUCAAGAAUAUGGUUGACCUACAGGGAAGAAUUUCCUCAAAUAGAAGGCUCGGCCUUCACUACAGACUGUGGUUGGGGCUGCACAUUAAGAACUGGCCAGAUGCUACUGGCUCAGGGACUCAUACUGCACUUUCUUGGUAGAGCUUGGACCUGGCCUGAUGCUUUGAACGUUGAAAAUUCAGACUCUGACUCAUGGACUUCCAACACUGUUAAAAAAUUUACUGCAUCAUUUGAAGCAUCACUUUCAGGGGAAAGUGAACUCAAAACCCCUACAGUUUCUCAGAAGGAAACAAUCAGGAGACAUUCUGAUGAUCGUGAAAUGCGAAAUGAAAUUUAUCACAGGAAAAUCAUCUCUUGGUUUGGUGAUUCCCCUUUGGCUCUCUUUGGUUUACAUCAACUAAUAAAAUAUGGAAAGAAGUCUGGGAAAAAAGCCGGAGAUUGGUAUGGACCAGCUGUGGUUGCUCACAUCUUAAGAAAAGCAGUUGAAGAAGCAAGACACCCUGAUUUACAAGGAAUAACUAUUUAUGUUGCACAGGAUUGUACAGUUUACAGUUCUGAUGUAAUUGAUAAACAAUGCACUUCCAUGGCCUCUGAUAAUACAGAUGACAAAGCUGUUAUUAUUCUAAUCCCUGUUAGACUUGGUGGGGAAAGAACCAACACCGACUACUUAGAUUUUGUAAAGGGUAUUUUAAGCCUUGAAUAUUGUGUGGGUAUUAUUGGUGGCAAACCUAAGCAGUCAUACUACUUUGCUGGAUUUCAAGAUGACAGUUUGAUUUACAUGGAUCCUCAUUACUGCCAAUCUUUUGUAGACGUCAGCAUAAAGGAUUUCCCUCUUGAGACAUUCCACUGCCCUUCUCCCAAAAAGAUGUCAUUUCGAAAAAUGGAUCCUAGCUGUACAAUAGGAUUUUACUGUCGAAAUGUUCAGGACUUCAAACGAGCUUCUGAAGAAAUCACUAAGAUGCUGAAAAUUUCUUCUAAGGAGAAAUAUCCCUUGUUUACUUUUGUAAAUGGUCAUUCCAGAGACUAUGAUUUUACAUCUACAACCAAUGAAGAAGACCUUUUCUCAGAGGAUGAAAAGAAAAGAUUAAAAAGAUUUAGCACAGAAGAAUUUGUCUUGCUCUAAAGAUUAGCAUAUUUGUGCUUGUUGAGAAGAAUUCCUCUGAAGGGGGAAAAAUGAAAAGAAAAAAGUUUACUUGAAACUGGCUUAUUUUCACACAUAUCUUAAUUUUAUAUGUUCUUUAAAAAAAAAAGAACAUUUGGAGAUACACAAGUUUUAAAGCUAUUUUUCUGAAAGAGAUUUAAUGAAUCUUUAUUUCUAAUAUCAAGUGAUUCUGGCUGCAUUUCUAUUUCCCAAAGAUCUGCUAACAAUAACUCUAACUUAAUUGUAAGCCUUCCAGUUUUCAAAUUCUUCCACCUGAGGCCACUAGUCUCUAUGAUUUUGUGAUAUAGGCCCCAAUAUUGGGAUCACCAAAUAGGUUCAAAAGCUUCUAUUUAUACUAACAACCAGAAGACCAGAGAAUGAAUUUUUCAGUGCUGCAGAGCCUCCUGAUAUUAAUCCAACCAAAGGAUACUUAUGGAUGUAUCUUGAUAUACUAAAUAGCAAUUGUUAGAUGUGAUAUGCAUAUAAUUAUAUAUGUAGAAUUGUGAGUUAAUGUAAUACUUAGCAAUAUGAUUUUAUAAUGGCUCCUCAUUUUGCUUGCUAUCAAGCCUUCCCUGAGGAGUGAAUAUAAAGUAUUGGUUUUCCCCAGAAAUUUAAAGGUUAUGUUAUUAAUAAUAACUUCCAAUCAAAUCAGAUAAAGGCAAUUUUAGGAUAGGAGUAGUAUUUGUUUCCUAUCUCAAGAAAUGGAUUUUUAUGGGAAUUCUGCUUAUUAAGGAGCUUUUAAAUCUAAAGAUAAGUACUAAGAAAGAUAACGAUAGAUGCUCCUCUAUGUGAUUUUUGCUAUUUGUAUGAAUCAGUGUAGUGGUGUUUAGAAGCUGAGGCUAUCUAUAAGGUAAAUCUACCUUAAGUGUAUUAUGUGUUACUGAAAGGCAAAUUUGUGAUAUAGAAAUAUGAGUUAUUAUUCAGCCAGGAUUAUGUACUUUAAUAAAGAUGUGAGAACAUAAAAUAUCUUUGUUUUGGUUUUAAUAGGAGUAUUUUAAUCUUUAAUUUGAAAAAAAUCAUUGUCUCAUAUGAAGUAUAUUUAUUUAUAAUGAAGUCAAGUAAUAUUGUUUCUCUGUAAGCAAAAUAUUAACUUAUUUUAUGGAGCUUUCAUGUUUCAGUGUGGAAAGGUGACUUACAAAGACAUAAAUUGUGUAUCAUUUAAAGUCAUUGAUCUCUUCAUUAGAAAGCCUAUUUAUUCAGGUUUAGAGUUGCAUGCAAAACUAAAACAGAGAGGGCAGAUUGCUUUAGUAUGCCUGAUGAGAAAAAUCAGGUUUGGCAUUUCUAUGAGGACAGUUUAUUGAAUUGAUAUAAAUGGCCUGAAAUCUAAAAUUUUCCUUUACUCCAGAUAAAAUCUGGACAAAUUAAGUCCAGUACUAAUUUUCCUAGAAUGUCAAAGCAGUACAAUAAAAUAAGAAGCCAGUAGUAUGCCUGAUUUUAUGUACUGCAGUUGUCUUGUCUAAAUUAUUGCAGUUUGUUCUUUAUAUACACCUGCAGUAUUCACAGGAUUUUACAACAAAGACAUCAAAUGAGAGUACCCAAACCUUCAAAUGAAUCAGGACUGAUUGUUGUAAGUAUUCUCUUACAAGAACUAUAUAAAAGUUUAGACUUCUACUAUUGCAUUCUGUUAUUUUCUCAGCAUAUUUACGGAUCAUUUAAGUGGUUAAUAUUAGAUGUGGCCAAAGUUGAGAGGAGGCAGAAACUUCCUUUACAUUGAAUUAUACUGAAAAUACUCAGAAUGCUGUGCAGACAAAACAAACCAAUCUUACAAUAGUCUUCCCUAUGACUGAGAGUAAAUGUGUACAAAAUGAUCAGCAAUAGUAUGCACAUAAAAAGUACUUAAUACUGUGUAUAGGGGAUCCCUGGGUGGCUUGGCGGUUUAGCGCCUGCCUUCGGCCCAGGGCGUGAUCCUGGAGUUCCAGGAUCGAGUCCCACACCAGGCCCCUGCAUGGAGCCUGCUUCUCCCUCUGCCUGUGUCUCUGCCUCUCUC